AUGGUGGAACCGGAUAUUGACAACAAGCGCUGUGGAAACCGAUGGAAUUGGGCAAUUGGUGCUCUCAUCGCGAUAUCCUUCGCAAUUGCACUUGCUUCGAGGAAUUUUCCGACUAUUUCUAUGCUCAAUCGACAUAACAGACCUUGUCAGUGUGCUGAGGACGCACAUAGAUAUAAAGGGACAGUGGAGGAUUGUUGUUGUGAUUACGAGACUGUAGACCAUCUUAAUCAGGAAGUUUUGCGUCCAUUGCUCGAAGAGCUCGUGAAAACCCCAUUUUUCCGAUACUUCAAGGUUAAGCUAUGGUGUGAUUGCCUUUUCUGGCCUGAGGAUGGUAUGUGUCGUUUGAGGGACUGCAGUGUCUGUGAAUGCCCAGAAAAAGAGUUUCCUGAACCAUUUAAGAAGCCCUUCAGGAAUGGCCUUUCAUCGGAUGAUCUUAUUUGUCAAGAGGGAAAGCCGGAGGCUUCUGUUGACCGUACUAUUGAUAGUAAAGCUUUCAGAGGGUGGAUAGUAGUAGACAACCCAUGGACAUAUGAUGACGAGACAGACAAUGCCAAUGCUUUUGAAGUCACUUUGUCUAUUAUCCUUGAAAUUGAUGAUCAUUCCCUAAUGGUCAAGACUAAGUCAAAUGCUAACUAUGCCCUGGGAGUGGGAUCUGUCAAAGAAUUCCUCUACCCAUUGAUUCUUUAUCUUUUACUGCUAUAUAAUGCGGUUUUGGAGGACGCACAUAGAUAUAAAGGGACAGUGGAGGAUUGUUGUUGUGAUUACGAGACUGUAGACCAUCUUAAUCAGGAAGUUUUGCGUCCAUUGCUCGAAGAGCUCGUGAAAACCCCAUUUUUCCGAUACUUCAAGGUUAAGCUAUGGUGUGAUUGCCUUUUCUGGCCUGAGGAUGGUAUGUGUCGUUUGAGGGACUGCAGUGUCUGUGAAUGCCCAGAAAAAGAGUUUCCUGAACCAUUUAAGAAGCCCUUCAGGAAUGGCCUUUCAUCGGAUGAUCUUAUUUGUCAAGAGGGAAAGCCGGAGGCUUCUGUUGACCGUACUAUUGAUAGUAAAGCUUUCAGAGGGUGGAUAGUAGUAGACAACCCAUGGACAUAUGAUGACGAGACAGACAAUGCUGAGAUGACAUAUGUAAAUCUUCAACUGAAUCCUGAACGCUAUACUGGCUAUACUGGUCCAUCUGCCAGAAGAAUAUGGGAUGCUGUUUACACAGAGAACUGUCCCAAAUAUGGAUCAGAAGAGCUUUGUCAAGAGGAAAGAAUAUUGUACAAAUUGAUAUCAGGUCUUCACUCCUCCAUUUCAAUUCACAUAGCCGCUGAUUAUCUACUUGAUGAAGCUACAAACCUGUGGGGUCAAAAUCUGACGAUGAUGUAUGACCGGGUCUUAAGACACCCAGAGCGUGUCAGAAACUUGUACUUCACUUUCCUCUUUGUUCUACGGGCUGUAACAAAAGUAGCAGAUUACUUGGAGCAGGCUGAGUAUGACACUGAUUACUUGGAGCAGGCUGAGUAUGACACUGGUAACCCUGAGGAGGACCUGAAAACAAAAUCCUUGAUGGGGCAGCUUUUACAUAAUCCCAAAUCACAAUAUGCUUGCCCACUCCCAUUUGAUGAAGCUAAGUUAUGGAAAGGCCAAGGUGGACCUGAAUUGAUGCAGCAAAUACAAAGACAGUUCAGAAACUUCAGGUUUUGCUCUAUGUUCUUUUACUAA